AUUAUGUGUACAUAGUCAAGUCAGUGCAGCUGCGAGCAGAAGGUUAGGUUUUUACCGCUGCGUCGAGCGAGGCUUUGUUUUCAUUGUGUAUAAAACUCAAAGAAGGGUGUCGUUCUUUUCCCCGAGGGAAAAAGCUCCGAGUUUUGGCCCUCGUGUCAAAUGUCGCUUUCGCACGUCGGUGGCUCGAUCGAAGUUACGCAGAGCAGUGCGAGUGCCGCGAUCAACGAGAGCUUUUGAUAGAAAAUCCCGCGACCGAGAGUUUUCACGCUUGCGAAUCUAUGAUUCGACUUUUACGCUCCGCCGACUUUGAUUCAUUCAAAUUAAUCGCAGAAAAAUUAUGGAAACCAAGAGUCGCGUUGGUGACAGAAUCGAAAGCGAUGGUUACAUUGGCACGGUGAAAUACGUGGGAGCGGUAGGCGUCACGCCAGGCGAAUGGUUGGGAAUCGAUUGGGACGAUCAUACUCGAGGGAAGCAUAAUGGAAUUUAUGAGGGAAUCAAAUACUUUGAGACCUGGCACAGGACAUCAGGCUCUUUCAUAAGGCCUGCAAAAGCAAAUUAUGGCUUUUCGUGUCCAGAGAUGAUAAAGUCUCGCUAUGGCUUUGUGGACGAUGAACUGGCUGGAAUCGACAGAGACACUAUAGCCAUCGUACAAAAGUCUUUCAAUGCACCCUUUGUUGAAAUGGUUGGUUUUUCAGAAGUCAAUAGAAAGCAAAGUACAUUUGAUCAGCUCAGGGUUGUGUGCUUGCGAGACAAGCUUGUGAGCAGUGCAGGUUGCCCUAACGAAUUGGCUACUUUGUGCCCCAUGAUUCAUGAAUUGGAUUUGUCUCGCAAUCUCAUUAAUUCUUGGAAAGUUGUAGCUGAAAUUUGCUUUCAACUGCAGUAUUUGAAAAAUCUUAACAUAAGUGAAAAUCAAUUACCUGUAGAAAAUCAAAUGGAUAAUUACAGAGAUGCAUUUUUAAAACUCACUCAUUUAACCAUGGGAAGAAUGAAGUACAAUUGGUUCGAUAUAUCCUGCUGCUUAAGUGCGUUUUCUUCUUUAGAAGAUUUGGUGGUUUCAUAUAAUUUGAUCGAAAGUAUCAGUGAUAUCAAGAGUAUUUCAAAACUUGACCAAUUGACAGAUUUAUCAUUAGAACAUAAUCUUAUAUCAGACUGGAAUGAAAUCUUAAAGUUAGGAAAGCUCCCUAGUUUAAGAAAUCUUAAUGUGAACUCCAACCAAAUUGAAAAAAUUGAAUUUCCUACAGUUAAUCAAACAGAUAAAACAGAACUUUUUCCUUGUUUGACACAGCUACAUAUUUCAAACAAUAAUAUAGCAGAGUGGAGAUCAAUUAGUGAACUAGAAAAGUUAAAUCACCUUGAAGAUCUUAAAUUUCGAGAGAAUCCCAUUUUAAAAGAGCAUAAUGUUGACACUUCAAUGCAAUUAGUUGUAGCUAGGAUAUCAAGUUUAAAAUAUUUUAAUGGAACAGAAAUACUUCCUUCUGAGAGGAGGGGAGCUGAGUAUGAUUACUUAAAACUAUACUCCAAAGUAUGGAAAACUAUGGAAAAACAGAAUCUGCCAAAAGAUGAAUUUAUUUUGAAUCAUCCAAGGUUUCCUGCGCUUGCAGAAAAAUACGGAGUGCCGGACACUUCAGAUGCUGUAAAAAAUACGCAGUUGUCGUCAAAUGUUAUAACGGUGGAGUUUAUAUGCCCUGAUAUUCCUAAUUUUCCACCAGUAAAGAAAAAGUUACUGAAAAAUAUGGAUGUACAGAAACUAAUGGGUAUUGUUCAAAGACUGUUUAGACUUAAUGGUAAACUUCCGACUCUCUCAUUCAUUCGACCUAAGGUUUCCGACGAUGAAAUACCGUUGGAUAAACCACUUCAAGAUCUUAAUUAUUACCUUAUAGACGAGGGUGAUUUAAUUGUCGUGCGUUGGUGAUAAUGCAAUUACUUAUAGUAUUUAUAGUUAUAAUAUAUGAGCUGUAUUUUUACACUGUUACAAUGUUGAUGAUUCACUACCAUACUUUGUUACUAAAAUUUUUUAAAUAUAUUUUGAAAAAAGCUAUUUUCACGCAA